AUGCCGCCUAUGCCACCUGUUGUUAUGGUUUCGAAUCGGGAGGAAGAUUCGGUGAAUACUGAACCAUCGAUGAGCGGUCGACAAGUUAUCGGCAUUAUUUAUCCUCCACCAGAUAUUAGAACAAUUGUCGACAAAACAGCAGCAUUUGUUGCCAGAAAUGGAAUUGAUUUCGAAAAUAAGAUUCGAGAAAAGGAAGCAGCUAAUCCACGAUUUAGCUUCCUGAGUGCAACAGAUCCAUACAACGCUUACUAUCAACACAAAGUUAUAGAAUUUCGGGAUGGGAAAACAACUGAACCGUCUGUGCCGCGACCACAAAUACCAGAGGCGGUAAAAGAACAUGUGAAACAAGCAGAAUUUGUACCUCGAAAUCCUCCACCUCCGUUCGAGUUUGAUGCUGAUCCGGCUACAAUAAAUGCAUUUGAUUUGGAUUUAAUCAAGUUAACGGCUUUAUUUGUGGCACGUAAUGGGCGUCAGUUUCUAACUUCAUUAAUGAAUCGUGAAUCGAGGAACUACCAGUUUGAUUUCUUGAAGCCGCAGCAUUCAAAUUUUAAUUAUUUUACGAAACUCGUCGAGCAGUAUACAAAGAUCAUUGUUCCUACAAAAAACAUUGUGGAGGAUUUAAAAGCUGAGGAAGAUAAUACAAAAAAGAUUCUUGAAAACGUAAAAUAUCGAGUUGGUUGGGAGAAAUAUCAACGAGCGCAAAAGGAGAAGGAGGACGCUGAGAUUGAGAGAGAGCGAAUAGCCUAUGCACAAAUCGACUGGCAUGAUUUCGUUGUAGUUCAGACAGUCGAUUUCCCUAUCAAUGAUUCAGAAGAGAAUGAAUUGAAAGACGAAGUUUUUUAUCGUUUAACAACUUUAUUAUUGUCCUCAUUAUUUGUAAAUUCAGCAACCUUGCCACCGUUUUGCACACCCAAAGAUGUUGGCGCAAGAAUUUUGAUGCAGCAACGACAGGAAGCAGCAGCCAAAGCAGCUGCAGAGCAAGCAGUGGAGAUGGAUGUUGAAUCAGAUUCUGAUGAAGAACAUCAAGAAAUUCGCAAUGAAGUUCUUAAUGGUGAAGUGCAAGAUGGUAAUGCUGACCAUGAGAAGAAAGCUCCAUAUGAAGUGACUCAACCAAUGCCUGCACCACCAUCGGAAGAUACCGUUGUAAUUAGAGAUUAUGAUCCGAAGAAAUCAAUAGCUGCACGAAAAGCUGCUGAUAAAUGGAUUAUUUCACCUCUUACUGGUGAACGUAUACCUGCCGAUAAAUUGCAGGAGCAUAUGCGUUACAACACUGUUGAUUCGCAAUACAAGGAACAACGAGAAAGGGAGUUGUCGGAUCGCAAUGAAGAAGAACCAGUUUAUGCGCCUGGUGCUGAUAUUAGUACAAAUAUUGGCAAGUUUGCGGAACGUCGUACUGAUAUAUUUGGUCAUGGUGCUGAACAGACGAUUAUUGGUAAGAAAUUGGGUGAAGAAGAAGAGGCACCACGUGGUCCUGAUCCGAAGCUUAUUUGGGAUGGUCAGCAGUCUACAAUCGAUCAGACAACGAAAUUAGCUCAGCAAAGCGUUACACUAGACCAACAGAUCAACGAAAUUCAUAAACAGCAUGGAUAUAUUGCUGAUCCAAGUAAGGAAAGAAUAGGGCCAGGUGCUGUACCACCUCCUCCAAUUCAAGCAGUUCCACCACCAAUUACGACUGUAGCGGCAGCAGUGGCAAUUACAACAUCGUCUCCCAUCGUUACUACUACAGCCAGCACAACAGCACCAGCUACGGUAGUGCCAAAACCGCCAGUCCCUACCCCACGUCCACCAGUACCUCCUCCACAAACUGCACCAACUCCGGUACCACCAGCUCAGACUGUUCGACCACCAGUCAUUCCUCAAAUCCCCAUCCGACCACCACCACCUGGAUUCCCUGCAAUACCUUUUCCAGGUGCACCAAUGCCAAUGCCACCGAUGCCAAUGCCUGUCAUGAGACCACCAAUUGGAGUCCCAAUGAUACCAGUUCCGGUAAUUCCACAAACACCACUUACCGUUCGUCCGGCAGGUGCACCAGUAACAGCUCCCAUUCCACCGCCCGCAACUUCAACUACUCCUACAGCUGAUACAAAUUCAACUAUUAAUGCUCCAGUUGGAGAUGGACCUCCACCUGCCAAAAAGGCCCGAACAGAAGAUGACCUUGAAAGUGAAGCUUUGUGGCUUACAAAGGUCACCGGAUCAAUUACAGUUACUGUCCAGAUACCUAGCACUGCUCCUAAUCCAGACUGGAAACUUGACGGGCGACGACUAAGUGUUUCUAUGGAUAUUGCUGCACCGGUUUCUACUCUAAAAAGUUUUGUGCAAGACGAAACUGGGUUACCAUGUUCAAAACAAAAGCUGUCAUAUGAGGGCUUGUUUUUAAAAGAUGCAUGUACGUUAGCAUAUUACAAUAUGAAUACUGGAGCUGUAGUGCAGUUAUUAAUCAAGGAAAGAGGUGGUAAGAAGAAAUAA